AUGGGAAAGUCACAGAAUCAUCCUGUGUAUAUUCCAGAUUUUGUGCGCAGAAAUACAGGCGAUCCAGCUACCAAGGAUUUUGUUGCGAAGCUGAAGAAACAUUUACUCCCACGCAUCAAGGCAAUGAUAGGCAGAGAGGCAACAUUUUCUGGUCAAGAACAAUCGCCCUUGGUACCUGUGAUCGAGAACAAUUCCGCACGCCGCGACCAUGAUUCUGUGUUCUUCAAAGGCGACCACAUGUACGAGCACCAUAUCCUAAAGGUCAAUUAUACAACAUAUAAUGUUCGGCGAUCACACGAUAUCAUCAACCCUUCUACGGACAAUCAGGACAUCUUAUUGCUAGCCAGGUUUGAUGAUCCCGAAGAUGCCACUUCUAUGCACCCAUUCUUGUAUGCGCGCGUUCUUGGUAUCUACCAUGUCAACGUUGUGUAUACAGGGACUGGCAUGGCCGAUUACACUCCACGGAGACUGGAUUUUCUCUGGGUGCGAUGGUUCCAGUACGUCGGAGAUUCGACAAAUUGGAGCCAACACAAGCUCGACACUGUUGAAUUUCCCCCGAUGGCAGACGAAGAGACUUUCAGAUUCAUCGAUCCGGAUGACGUUCUACGUGCCUGUCAUAUUAUUCCAACCUUCAAAGGAGGGAAGAUUCAUGCGGAUGAGAUUGGUCUCUCACACUGUGCUAACGAUGCGGAAGAUUGGCGAUUUUACCAUGUUAAUAGAUUUGUUGAUUGGGACAUGCUGAUGCGCUACCAUCGAGGCUUAGGAAUAGGACAUGUUCACGCAGAUGGUCCUACGCCAAUUGUCUUGAGUGCCGUUUGCACAAAUCCUCUUGAAGGUUCCAACGACAUUUCCGACUCAGGAAUGAGCGUCGAUGUCGAGGGAGAUGGACUCUCGUCUGCUCCACCAGAUGGUAUCUUACAGGCUGAGGGGGAAGACUCCGAUGAUGACAACCUGGAGUUGACUCUUGAGAAUUUGGAGGAUGACAUGUGGGAUUCGGACAAGUCUGCCAUGCUGCACAAGUCGCGGUUGAAGGCCGCUUUGCACAACUGCAUUAGACGAUCCAUCGAAAAAGGCCUCUCACCUUCCCAUCCGGGCCUUGGUGACUGUACAUCCGAGCAUAGCGCAUGUCGCGAACAUCCAUCUUCUUCCACUGCCGAACAUGAUCACUUGCUUAGGGUUCUUUUUGCUGUUGGCCUUCCCAAUACUGCCUGCAUCAUCGCUGUUGAUGUAAAUGUCUGCAUGCUCCAGCGUGUGUCAGGGCAUUAUUUCAUCAUGUUGUACAUGAGCUAUCUGGAGUGUAAACGCAUCCUCGAUGCGCUCAAGAUUUAUCAGAGCGGCGGAAGAGAAUACCCAUAUAUCUACCAUUUAUCGCAGGGUUUUGUGUAUGAGGACAUGAUGCCCUUGUCCGACUCGGGCCGAGUUAACGGCGACAGAGUGCGCCGCAUUUAA